AUGGUGACGACGACGAUAACAGAAUUUCUUUUGAAAUCUACGACAGCUGCUACAGUUGUAGUUACUACUGCGACUUCUACUGCUGAUACUACUACUACUGCUACUACUACUAGUAACGGGUUUCAUCAUUGUGAGUUUGGUCAGCCAUGCAUUUUAGGCUUUACAGCUUUUGCAUCAUCUUCUUGGCUGGCUGUCAAAGUGAGUCGCCUCGUCAGGAACUUCGACAACAACAACAACAUCCAAACCAACAACAGCAACCACAACAACAUCCAAACCAACAACAGCAACCACAACAACAUCCAAACCAACAACAGCAACUACAACAACAUCCAAACAAACCACAACAACCACAACAACAUCCAAACCAACAACAGCAACUACAACAACAUCCAAACCAACCACAACAACAUCCAAACCAACAACAGCAACUACAACAACAUCCAAACCAACCACAACAACCACAACAACAUCCAAACCAACAACAGCAACUACAACAACAUCCAAACCAACAACAGCAACUACAACAACAUCCAAACCAACAACAGCAAUUACAACAACAUCCAAACCAACAACUGCCUCGUCUCCCUCAACUACAACAACCACAACCUCGAGACCAACAACUACAACAACCACAACAUCCAUACCAGCAACAACUGUUACUACGUCCACAACAACCACAACGAAAUCACAGACUACUACAUCAACAACUGCCUCUUCAACGACUACCACCACAACAACCAAGCCAGCAACUACAACGGUUUCCUCAACAACUACAACAACCAAAUCAACAACUACUAUCACAGUUCAAGCAACAACAUCACAGCAAGCAGCUAUCAACCAAACAGAUACAACUUUGAAUUCAUCCGUCGUAACACGACCGCGACAAACACAACGGCAGCAACCACCACCGCUACACCACAAGACCUUACUUCUGGUGACGUGACUACUGUGGUACUUGCCUCUGUAGGAGUGGGUGUCGGUCUAGCGAUUGCCUCAGCGGUCUCAUUGGUCUCCUUCCAAAGAACACUAAGGGCUAAAAGACUGCGUCAGAGAAACAACGCUCGGAGAAGCAGGUCGAGAAGCAGAAGGAGGAGAAGGACAAGUUUUAGAUGA